UCGUUGUGUUAGCGCUGUUGGUGUGGCUGCUCGAACCUCGUUGAUUCUUAGCGAGAACGUGCGAACUUCCGAUUCCCGAGCCGAAUUGCUCACAAGUUUUCAACAUGAGUGGCGAAACGAAAGUCGAGCCAGUCUUAACCGCAGAGAAGGAAAUGAAUGGGAAGAAGAAGAAGAAACCGCCCACAACAGCUGCCGAAUCGAACGGUACGAACGAUACUGACGGAAUAAUCAAGAGCGUCGAGAACGCCAAAAUUGACGAUGAUGACGAUGACGAUGAUAACGUCGCCGGAGCCGAGGGCGAGCCCGAUGCUGCCGGCAAGAAGAAAAAGAAGCGCAACAGGAAGAAGAAAGUCAAGGCUCAGACCGAUCCGCCGUCGAUCCCGGUAAUCGACUUGUUCCCUGAUGGCAACUUUCCUACUGGUGAGAUCGUCGAACACCCAACGCCGAAAGACAUGCUCAACGACCAGACUGCAAAAAAUCGCAUGACAUCUGCGGAAAAGAAAGCUCGCGAUGCCAUGUCCGACAUGGAGUACAGAGAGAUUCGUCUCGCAGCCGAAGUUCACCGUCAGACACGGCAGUACAUGCAACGAUACAUUAAGCCGGGAAUGGAUAUGAUACACAUCUGCGAGACUUUGGAGAACACGGCUCGGACGCUGAUCAAAGAGAACAAACUCGAGGCGGGUCUCGCCUUCCCCACUGGCUGCUCCCUGAAUCAUGUUGCGGCUCAUUACACACCGAAUGCAGGAGACCCAACUGUUUUCAACGCCCAGGACGUGUGCAAAAUCGAUUUCGGAACCCACAUCAAUGGCCGCAUCAUCGACUGCGCGUUCACGUGGACCUUCGAUAAUAAAUACGAUAAGUUAUUAGAAGCUGUUCGGGAAGCGACCUAUGCCGGAAUCAAAACCGCGGGAAUCGAUGUCCGUCUGUGCGAUAUCGGUGAAGCCGUACAAGAAGUCAUGGAAAGCUACGAGGUGGAAAUCGACGGCAAAACCUACCCGGUCAAGUGCAUCCGAAAUCUGAACGGUCACUCGAUCGCUCCCUACCGGAUCCAUGCGGGAAAAACCGUCCCCAUCGUCAAGGGCGGUGAGCACACCCGCAUGGAAGAGGGCGAAGUUUUCGCUAUUGAGACUUUCGGUUCGACCGGUCGAGGAAUGGUACAUAACGAUCUUGAAGUGUCGCAUUACAUGAAGGAUUUCGACGUGGGACACGUUCCUCUGCGGCUGAAUUCAUCGAAACAACUCCUGAGAGUUAUCGACGAGAACUUCGGUACGCUCGCCUUCUGCCGUCGCUGGCUCGACAGACUCGGUCAGAGCAGAUACCUUGCCGCGUUGAAAGAUCUGUGUGACAAAGGCAUUGUGGAAGCAUACCCUCCGCUUUGCGACAUCAAGGGAUGUUACACCGCACAAUACGAGCAUACCAUUAUCCUGAGACCCACGUGUAAGGAGAUCGUUUCUAAGGGCCUGGAUUAUUGAAAGACUAGGGAGUUUCUCUCCGUCUCUCGCGCUAGCCAUCAGAUCACGUCAAUCUUUCCGAGGUGCCUCCGUUCACUUCGAAGAAUAAAUGAGGUUUUCGGGUUUUGGAAAGCUGCUUCAAGUAUUUUCGAUUUUGUUGUUCAUGGAGACCAUCGCCCGAGUUCUCCUCCCGCUCAGGUGGUAAUAUAGCUCCCACUUUUUCUCCAGUAGCGCCGGGAGUAUGAAAAUUAUGUCGGCACUUUCCUCUUUCCUUCAUGGCGUGGAGGGGUGAACUGAUCGCUCUCAGCGGAUCUCUGAGGUAGUGUCGCGCUGCCACCCAGCCUGUGACGUCAUUGUGGGGCUGGGGGAAGGUCCAAAUUUAAUUUAUGGUUAUGAUCAUGGUGUUGGAGAGAUGACUGACGGACGUAACAUUGACGUGGGUUCUCGGUGCUCGUCGUCAUGCGAGCAGGGAUCCCCGAGCCCCGGGACUCCGCGAGAGACUCCAGCUCGAGGCUCUCGGGAGCUCAUGAUGAGCAAGUUUGUUAUGACGGAGAAACCAGUGUGUUAUCUACAUGCAGCGAGGUUAGAGACGUCUCAUCGGAGCGAGACACUGUUUCUGUCGGAAAUGUUCUUGUUGAUAACGAUAACCAAU